AUGAGGUGGAGCACCAACAAGGCGGUAGUCGGAUCCUUCGAGGGAUGCGAGAUCGUAAAGGUGCUGGUGGGCGAGGAGCAGCGAGAGUUCGUGCUCCACCGCCAGCUGCUCUGCGACACCAGCGAGUUCUUCCGCACAAAUGUCGAGGGCAUCCCAUCGCCAUCGAGCCCAACGGAGACCGACGACGAUGAGGAGGUCCUAUGGCUGCCGAACGAGUCGCCCGACAUGUUUGAGCUGUUUGUCCUCUGGCUCUACCAGCGGCGCCGCUUCGCUUGGUUCCUCGAUAACUCGCUGCGCGGCCUGACGCCAGACGAGUGCCGCGCUGUGCGCACCAACCUCGUGCGCCUGCACCUCUUUGCUGCUGUCAUUGAUCUUCCUGUGCUGCAGGACGCUGCUAUGGAUGCGCUCCAGGACAUGUACCUACGCUUCGACUGGGACAUGUCACCACGCUUUCUGGCCUUCCUGUAUGGCGAGUGUGACGCGCAGCACGCCGUGCGUCUGCGCAAAUGGGCUGUGGCCAUGUUUGCUUGGACAUUGCAUGCGGGCGACAAGGCUGUCACCAUGGCCAACCAGGUCGAGAAGCUGUUUGCGGCUUACCCGGCCCUCAAAGCCGACUAUUAUAUGCACCUCGACAAGAUGGCCAAGAGCAGGGCGGAUGUUCGCAUCAAGAAUCCCCAGCUGCGGUUACCUGUCAACAAGUUACACAGCGGUGAGCGCUUCUUUGGAUUUCGGCAGUGUACAUUCCAUAGCCAUCGUGCCACUGUCGGCGAGGGCACCUGUCCACAUGCGCUGGCGGCUCAACAAUUGCCUUGGUCGCUCAGUGCGCUGCCCAAGAGGGAAAAGAAAGACGAUGUUGAGUCAGAUCCAGAACCUGAGCUCAUUCUUUCGCCUGUGAAGGACCUCAAUGAGAUCUUCUUUCCCACAUUAUCAUCAUCAUGA